AUGAGCCUUAAUCCCUCGAAGGUUGCGCCGGAGCCAGAGCCGGAGCGGGAGGCGGGACAAGAACCUGGGUCCGAGGCCCACGGGCCGGGGCCGGAGAGAGAGAGCGGGCCACCAGCAGGGCCGGGCCCGGAGCCGGAGCCGCCCUCGGCGGCGGGUCAGGACUGGGAGCCCGAGCACGACCGGGCGGAGGGGCCGAGCGCACAGCCCCCUCCGGGGCCCGAGGCUCCGCCGCCCCUGCCGGCCUCGAAGUCUGAGAACCUUCGGGCUCCGCGGCCCCGUUGCCACACCAACUGCCUGGAGGCACCGCUGUCGCGGGCCUUCAGGCGGCUGGGCAGGAAGGUGGGCGCACACCCCUGGAUCUUCCUGCUGCUGCCGGUGGCGCUAACGGCCGUCCUGGGCACCGGCCUGAUGUACCUGCCCCGGGAUGGAGAAGAAGACCUGGAGGAGGAGUACACCCCGAUCGGGAGCCCCGCCAAGGCAGAGCGACGCUUCGUGCAGGGACAUUUCACCGCCAAUGACUCUCUCGUCUUCUCCAUCUCCAGGAAGAGCGCCGAGGUCCCUUAUGCCUCCGUCCUCGUGGUCUCCAACACCGAGACCCUGCUGGAGCCGGACAUCCUAGAGGAAAUCAGCAAGGUGGACGACACGGUGCAGGCUCUGACUGUGACCCAGGACAACGGAACCCAGAUCCCCUACAGCGAGGUGUGCGCUAAGAACCAGGGCUCCUGUGUCCCCUCCAACCCACUCUUGUUCGCCUGGAAAAGGAACAAGGGCCUCAACUUGAGAACCAUCACCUUUCCCAUCUACAGCCUAGCCGGUCAGAUCGUCUCCCUGGCCAACACCCUGGGAGGAACUGUCUUGGGCGAGAGGAUGGGGCCGAGCCAGGUUCUCCUCCGGGCCAGAGCCAUGCGGCUGCAGUACCACCUGGAGGCAGGCGGAGCAGAGGAGCACGAGCGGAGCAAGGCCUGGAUGAUCCACUUCCUGACGCAGGCGAGCAGCCUGGAGGAGAGCCUGGCCUUGAAGAAGAUCCAGGUUGUCUACUUUUCAUCACUUUCUAGACAACUGGAAUUUGAGGCAACUUCUAUGACAGUGGUCCCCUUGUUUCACUUGGCCUACCUUCUAAUCAUAUUAUUUGCAAUUGUAUCAUGCUACAGGUGUGACUGUGUACAAAACAAAAUGUGGGUUGCAGUCUUUGGAGUCAUUUCUGUUGCCUUGGCAGUGGUGAGCGGCUUUGGCCUGAUGUUGUACAUUGGGGUGCCAUUUGUGCUCAUAGUUGCAAAUUCACCAUUUCUUAUCCUAGGUGUUGGGGUCGAUGACAUGUUUAUCAUGAUUUCUGCUUGGCAGAAGACCAGCCUCAUGGAUAACAUAAGCGAGCGGAUGUCUGAUGUCUAUUCAAAAGUGGCAGUAUCCAUUACCAUCACCACUGUCACCAAUGUCCUGGCCUUCUAUACAGGAAUUAUGACCUCUUUCAGAUCCGUUCAAUACUUUUGCAUCUAUACAGGAACAACCCUGCUCUUCUGUUAUAUUUAUAACAUCACCUGUUUUGGAGCAUUUAUGGCCCUGGAUGGGAAAAGAGAAGUAGUCUGUCUACGCUGGUUGAAGAAGCCAGAAACACCUGACCAAAAAUGUUCCUCAUUAAAAAAGUCCUGCUGCCUCCCUUGUAAUUCUCUCCAAGAUGAAUAUAAAGCUGACAUCCAUCCAAUGAACCUGUUCUUUAGAGACUAUUUUGGUCCUUUUCUCAUAAGCACCAAGUCCAAGAUUUUUGUAGUGCUCCUAUACGUUUUGUACAUCAUAGCUAGUUUAUAUGGGUGUUUCCAAGUGCAGGAAGGUUUAGACCUCCGAAAUUUGGCAAGUGACGACUCCUACAUCACACCAUAUUUUAAUGUAGAAGAAGACCAUUUUUCUACUUAUGGUCCCAGGGUUAUGGUAAUAGUUACUGAGGCUCUUGACUACUGGGAUAAAGAUGCUAGGAAAAAACUGGAAAACUGUCUGGCAGAUUUUGAAAACAGUGAGUAUGUAGAUGAAAACCUUACAGAGUUUUGGUUACAAGAAUAUGUAAAAUAUAUGGAAAACCUCCGUCAAAAUAUAAAUGGUAAGACGUCGUUUCUAAGCAAUAUUCCCACUUUUUUAAUGGAUUUUCCACUUUUUGCAUAUGAUAUUAAUAUAACAUCAUCACAGGAAAUCAUUUGUUCCCGGGCCUUCGUUCAAACCAUGGGUAUUUCUUCUUCAACCGAUAAGAAGCUGAUGUUACUCCAGUUCCGAAACAUGGCUGAGAAGUGUGAAGUUCCCCUAAUGGUGUACAACCCGGCAUUCAUAUAUUUUGAUCAGUAUUCUGCAAUAGUAGAAAACACUGUUCGAAAUGUGGUUGUUGCAUCAGCAGCUAUGUUCGUUGUUUCCUUAUUGUUAAUUCCUCAUCCUCUGUGUUCUUUGUGGGUAACUUUUGCUAUUGCUUCUGUGAUUGUGGGUGUCACGGGUUUUAUGGCCUUCUGGAAUGUCAACCUUGAUUCCAUAUCCAUGAUUAAUCUUGUCAUUUGUAUAGGGUUUUCUUUUGACUUUUCUGCUCACAUUUCCUAUGCAUUUGUUUCCAGUUCAGAGCCCUCAGUAGACCGAAAAGCCAUUGAGGCACUGUAUCUGCUAGGCUACCCCGUGUUACAAAGUGCAGUUUCAACAAUAAUAGGGGUGUGUGUCCUGUCUGCAGCUAACGCAUACAUCUUCAGGACAUUUUUCAAGAUUAUGUUUCUUGUGAUGGUAUUUGGAGCUGCUCAUGGUCUAAUUUUUAUCCCAGUAUUCUUAACCUUUUUUUGA